CCUUGUUUGGCUACCUCUACCCGUACGACGGUCGUCAUCCCAUUCGCGUUAUCGCUGGACGCAGAUAACUAGUUCUCUACUUUGCUAAUAUAAGUAAAGACUGAAUACCACAUGGCAGAGCAUAAUAUACCUCUGCUUUAUUUCUUCCUGAGAGCGUUCAUUUGCAGUAACCAAUAUGCGACUGCGCAUGUUUGAUUGUCUCCGAGGCUCUUCUUGUCUUGGUGAUAAUUGUAAUGAGCCGCAAGUUGUACUUCAGCACCUUGACUUAACCCCAGGCUUCGGCAGCCAAGGUUCCACCGCCCGUAAGGCGCUCGACCAAAUACAGGUUGGGCUGUUAAGCCUCAGCGGUAGCUGGUUCACCUGCGUUACAGGCUUGCUUCAAGUCUUUGAGGAUAGAGGCGUUGUUGCCGACCUCUAUGGUGUUUUUGAAUAUGGAGUCGAUGACCCAGAUUUUGUGCUUCUGUCCCCGGGGAAGCCCGCUCAAUCGGAGUGCUUGGGCGUGGAGAGAAAGGCGCUCUUACGCAAGAUGCACAGUACGCAGGGACCGGUUACUCAGCAGCUGCCUGCCGUGAACAGCUAUACCAAUCAACAUCAACCGAUCCGAAAGCGUUCGCCCGUGCAUCGGGUCGUAGCCGCCGUGCCCUUGCGCCAUGGCAACAAGGUCAUCGGUGCCCUUCUACUGGAGGAAGGCAGCUUCCCACCACAGCCGCGCCAACUUCACCUACUUUCACCCAAACAGCAGUUGGCCUCUCCACCAUCUCCCAACCACGACUCCGCAGCCACUCUCCCGCAAUCAUCCUCAACUUCAGCCACGUUAGCAUCUGCCAAGCUGCUGCUUAAAAGCGAAGACGCUCUCCGGCAGCUAGCAUUCACGGCCUCCAUAUGCUUGGCAGGACCCAUGGCAACACCCACAGUAGGUCCUGCUAACCCUGCGAACUCCAACAUCCCAACCGCAAAUGCCAUCGUCGCCACCGCAACUUCCACGACUGCUGCAAGCCCGGCCGCUGCUCCAGACAACACCAACAUGCUUGUUUGGCUAUCCGCAGCAGUCGCUCGGCUGCGCGCUGCACCCAGCAUGUCCGCCCUAACAGCCGCGCUUUGUGGAGCAGUCGCGUCACAUGUCCGGCGGACAUUCAUUGUAGAUGCCCAAGCCAGCGCUGCACUAGUGCCGCCGCCGGGCCCGGACGCCUCAGUAGCCCUCCUGUUCAGGGUGCAGCAGCAACACCAUCAGCACCCUGGCUUGCAGCAACAGGGGCUGGGAACGACAGCAGGCGGCGCGGGUGCCGGUAUCGGGGACAGCGGAGACAGCGCGGAGGCUGCAUAUGCUGAUGUGGCGGUGGGGGUGGGAAUACCCAUCCCGGGCGCAAACGGUGGCAUGAUGGGAUCAAUGUUGGUGGGAGGUGGAGGUGGCGGUGGAGGAGGAGGAGCCGGAGGGGGCAGCUGGAGGUGUCGACGGCAGUCCAGCCUGCUGUCUCGGAUGUCGCAACCCAUAAAUGCGCCGGUGGUACCCGCGACGCCCAACUCUGUUAACGCAUUCACAUUCAAAACCCCACACGGCGAGGACCCGGGCAGCGCCACGCGCCUCUUUGCGCGCGGCUCCCAUGCCGAUCCCCUCACGCGUCCCACCAACGCCAGCAGCCGCCAUGGGGAGGGCGGCGGCGGCGGCGGCGGCCCCAUUGUCAUUCCCCUCAGCGCCGCCCGGGCUGCUUCCUUCACCGCCUUGGGUCCUGCCGCGCCCGCCCUCCACGCAUGCGCUUUUCCACUGCAACAAACCCUGCUGCAAGCCGUGCUCGACGACAAGCUGCAGCAAGAGCAACAAGCGCAGCUACAGCAACAGGAGGCAUCAGUUGUGGAUCCGUCGAAGGUGGUUGUAACGGUAGCAGCAACCGCAACCGUCGCUCCCCAACUGCCACCAACCACCACACCCCAGCUCUCCGCCGGUAUCGUGGAAGACACGCUGACCUACGUCCAGAACGUGCACAGCUGCUCACGCGACGUGUGCCUGCUCAUGGGCUCCCGAAACACGACUAUGCGGGGGGUUCUAGGAGGCGCCAGCGGCCGCAGCGCCUUCCUCGGAGGCGGCGGUGGCGGCGGCGGCAUCAGCGCCGCCGUCGCCAGCGGCGGUCUGAGCGGCAGCGGCGCCAGCGGUGUGGCCCCCAACGCGCCUCAGUCGUUGGUGCUGCUGACGUUGCCGCUGGAGGAGGGGGCGGCGGUGGGUCUGUACUUGUGCUUCCCUCGGCGGCUGCCCGCGGCGCUGCUGGAGGCGGUGCGGGGGAGCUGCCAGGAGCUGGUGGACCAGGCAUUCGGGGCCGUGGUUCGUGACAAGCUCCGAAACUCUCUCGCGGCCGAGUACGACACCCUUAAAACCGCAUCUCCUGGAUCCUACGCCGUCGUACGGGGUUUAAAUCCAACUGAGGAACUUAUCGCUGCUGCCGCCGUGGGCGGCGGCUGUGGCGGCCUCGCCUCAGGCACCGGCGGCGCCGCUGCUGCGGGCAUGCUACUGGGUUCCUCGCCUCCUGUCGCGCACGGACCCGUGGGUCGGAUCGCCUCUGUUGACUCUUUCUGGCGGCGGAAGCUAAUGGUGCCGCCGCACAGGACGUCGGGGAACAGCCUGCUGUCCACCGCGGAUGUGCAGGACUGUGGCGGAGGCGGUGCGGGCGGUGGUGGAGGUGGCGGCAUGGGAUCACCGCAGCAGCGGAAGGUCAUGGUGGAGAGGCUGAGAAGCUUCGCAAUGGCUCGUCGAGCAUCCCUCAGCUACGACGCCUCCCAUGCGCGCUCUCCAAGCUGUCGUACCAUGGCCGAGCGAGCCGCCAUGGCUGCCGCCGCCGCCAGCGUCGGCGGCAGCCCCGGUGGGGGCCCCAUGGGCGGCUGCGGCGGCGGCAUGCAUGGCGUCGGCACCACCACAAGCGCCGGCGGUGAAGACAUGCUUGACUUGCUGCUGGGGUCCUUCAACAAUGAUAUGCUGUCGUUGUUUGGAACCAGCGGAGGAGGAGGAGGAGGGGGCGCUGCGGGUGCAAGCGGUCCGCUUCCGGAUGGCCGAAGCGCCAGCAUUAUAACGGUGACGGGCGCGGAGCCGGGGAGUACGGCAGCACGACAGCAAAUGGAUCUGUUGGUUAGUUCGUUGCAGACGACGUUACGGGCGUCCGUGGCGGGGUACGGCACCAGCGCCACCUUCGCAUCCGACCUUGAGAACCUGGAGCUGAUGGAGGUGCUGGGGCGGGGCGGGGGCGGGGUGGUGCUCAAGGGCCUACUCAACGGCUCGCUGCUGGUGGCGGUCAAGCUCAUGGAGUUCCCCGAGGACGAUGAUGAGGACGAGACCUCCCAGCCCGACAACGCCACCAACCGCCAAACCGGCAACAAGGGAACUACUACCGCCAACGGUGCAACCGCCAACGGCGGCGCAGCUGCAGCUGCCCUCAAGCGCCGGCCCGCGCCCUCCAAGCAGCUCAAGACGCGACGGGAGCUGCUGCGCAAUGCCAUGGAGCUGGCGGUGCAAUCGGCGCUGUCGCACCCCAACAUUGUGCAGUUCUACUCCACCUUCAAUAACGUGGUGCUUCGCUGUCGCAACCAGGGAAGCAACCGGGGCAGCACCCAGAGCGGCACCACAGCAGCACCAGGCACAACCACGGGGGCAGCAGCAGGGGCAGGCGGCGGUGGGGUUGCUGCAGGUGCUGGUGGUGGUGGUGGUGGGGGUGCCCAGGUGCUCAGCACCGACCCACGUGCGCUGUACCUGCAGGUGGUGCCGCACUCGGAGCCGCUGGGCGAAGACGAGGCGCGGGUGACCUGCAUUCUGGCCGAGUACUGCGACGCCGGUUCACUGGCUUCCGCCCUGCAGGCGCGCACCUUCCCCCGCCUGACCCGCUCCCCGGUUGUACCCGCCUCCCCCGGCCGCCUGCCCUUCAUGUACGACAUGAAGGGGGUGUACAUGACACUGCUGGAUGUGGCGCUGGCGUUACGGCACCUGCACUCGCUGAACCUGGUGCAUCGAGACAUCAAGCCGGCCAACCUGCUGCUCAAGUCCAACCCCCGCGACCCGAGGGGCUUCACCGUGAAGCUUGCGGAUUUCGGCUUUGUGAUCAACCUAACGGAGACGGCGGACGACGGAACGCCCAUCGCUCUGGUGGACCAGGCGUGUGGCACGGUGACUCAUAUGGCACCCGAGUGCAUGCCCGGCAAGGCCAAGAUUGAUGCGUCCGUGGACAUCUACAGCUUUGGCAUACUGAUGUGGGAGCUGGUGUCGGGGGGCGACCGCCCCUUCCCCACCGUGCACCCGGACAAGAUCCCGCGCCUGGUGUACAAGGGGGCGCGACCCUCCUUCGCGGAGAACGUGCCGCUGCCGUACCAGACGCUUGCCAAGAUGUGCUGGCGCACCAACCCCGCACGUCGCCCCCGCGCCGCUGAGCUGGUUUCAUCCAUCGCCUCGCAACUCCAGUCGCUCACGUGACAAGCAACACAACAAAGACACGGUCAAGUUAGUAAGCCUUACUCGUGAGACAUCGGGUGUGUUAAAAUAACUGGCCGCGAGGUGAAACGUACUGUGAUUGCCGAAAGAUGAAGUCCUCCCACCGAAAAUCGGGUGUGUGUGUGUGUGUGUGCCAUUACUGCGCGUGCCAUCGCAGUGUAUUGUCUUGUGCCGACGGGUGGUGUCGCUGGGUGCAACAGCCCUUCCUGGGUAUGGCUGGGCUGCAAGAGGCUGCGAUGAGAGCGAAGGGAGUUGGAAACGAACGUUUGGAAAGGGAUGAGGCUGGCGUGAUUAGAGCGCGUCAUGAUGGAAGGAGGCAGCAUGGUAUGUUACAAAGCAGAAGAAGAAGCGAUGAAACAGAAGAGCUGUGAUGCAGAGUGGGGCAUGAGCGUUCCUCAAAGGCGGUUGUGGCGGCAGUGGCUUUUUAUGACGUGUGGAAGGCACCUUAUGCUGCUGUGAUUGGGGUUGUAGUGGCAUUGGUGUUGUGGUAAAGUGUGGAGAGGGGAGGGCGGGGGAGGGGGAGGGGGGUUCCCAGUGUGCUUUGGGAGCUGCCCUACCUGCCGUAUGGCAUUAGGAAUGAAGCCUAUUAAGGUGGACAAGCAUACGGUAUUACUGCCGCUAAGAGCUUAGUUAGGCAAUGGAUCGUCGUGGAUGUCAAGGAAAGGGAUGUGCUUGCCGGCGAACAAGGGGGCGCGUUGUGUGGAAACUCCUCUCUAGGUAGCCGCCGUACCUCCUGUCAUGCUUUCUGUCGUGAUUUCUGUCGUGCUUUCUUGAACAUGCAGGCGUGGUGCUUGCACAAUUUUAUACCUUUCGAACAAAUGAAUGAAAGCUCGGCGUGUUAUCGCCAAGCACACGAUACAGACAUGCGCACCGCCUUGCGCGUCGGAGGGGCACAGGUUGACCCUCCAAGCUAGCUGUCCUGAAGGUCCUGAGAGAUUGGGAGGAUGUGACCAUUAAUUGCCGUUAAUGUCCGACAGUUAAGCAACCGGCAGUCGUACCUUUUCAACAAUGUGUGUAUUUGCUUUCUCAUGAGUGGCCGUAUUUCGGGUGUGGUGUAUGUCGUACAAGCACACGUGGGGGUUCAUGUGAUGCCGUACGGUACGGUUGGAAGCGUACGGGAACCGUACGACAGAACUGUACGAAAGCCUGGUAUGGAAGCAGCUGUUUUCUCCUUGCUAACUUGCUGUUGCCACUAUUACUGUUGUACUGCAGCUGCUGCGACCACUGCUAGUACUGAUACCAUGUAUGUUUCAUGGCCUAUUUCCACAAGGCCACAUGGGCUGGUUUCUCCUGGGGAGUUGGCUUACCCGCGGGGUGUUGUCUUGCCAGCCAGUGUGUGAUAAUUGUGAGGCGCGCCUUUGCUUUUGCUUUCAUUUGGACGGGCUCGCGGUUUUAUGUUGCGUUCAUUGUCCACGCGAACGAGGGAAGAGCGCCUGAAAGGUUUUACUCGUGCCCAGCAUUGGGGCAAGUCACAGGCGUUACGAGGGCGCGUGCUUCUCCUGGUCAGAGUCCUAAGUAUUGGUUGGCAGUUAGGUUUUUCUUACUUUUACCGAGAAGGCAAGAUGUGCACGCUUUCAUCGGAACUCCUGCACCUCCUGUGCGUAGGGCUUGCAUGGUUUGCUUAUGUACGGCGGGUAAGCCUGUGUGGGGUUUUGUGGUGGAUUUUAAAAUCCCUACCGCACAAUGCCGUACAAACCGUAUAACGUGCUAGGGGUGAAGAGCGGGGCAAGAGAGGGAUGUGUCACAUGCUGUAUUCCAUCCAUCGCCGUACAAGAUGUACAAGGCGGGGGUCGUUGACUGCGCAACGGACGGUACAAUUUUGGCAAAGGUAGGAUGGAAAGAGAGAGCAGGGGAUGGAGAAAAGAGUAGAAUUACCGUACCUUCGGGUGAUCAUCGCGCAGCCCCAUUAGAUGGAAUUAUUUUUCAAGCUCGCGCAGGGGUGUCAGGAAUUAUUUUUCAGCUUCGCGCAGCUCAUGUCCACCACUGCAUUUUGACUGAAAGAACCCAUCCAUGUAAGCCCAGAUCGCCAAAACAGGUAUACAAAUACCGCUAUGUGUUCCAUGGGGCAUACUAGCAUGCAGCCCGGGGCUGGGCAGCGGAGCUGACGGGGUGCUGGGGCAUGUUGGGGGUGCGGGGAAGGGUCCCGUGGGGUUUCCCAGGUUUCGCGCACCCCUCUCAGCAAUUAUUUAAUUUUGCGCGAAACUGUGCAUUUUCCGAAAUAAUUAUUUAUUUUUGCGCGAUGAUAUCGUGAAGGUACGGUAUAUGAUUCAUUUUGUGAGCAGGGUAAUUGCAAGGAGUGUGCUUGGUGGAGGGGUUUUGUGUUUACCGGCAUGUGCACGCGUGCCAUAUGCUCUCCGCUUACCGUAUAUCCUUCCACUCGGCUCCUGCUGGUGAUAUGCAACGGGCGCUGGGGAGUGAUGAUUAGCGUGAUGGAGUAGGGAAACCACGACUUGGAAGGUUCCAUGCUUAGCUUUGGCGGUGGUGGUGGGGGAAAGAUCAUGUAGCGUGUUAUCCGGAUGCGGAGGGGUUGGCAGGGACCAGGACAACCGUGUUGGGAAGGGUCCCCAGCUACCGGUAGCUACCCGAGGCCGUAUUCCUCUCGUGUCGUUCAGGGUUGUUGUGGUAACAUACAACCACACAACCGGAUAUCAGUUCACGGUAGCUGGACGCCUGGGUUGAGCAGAGCGCGGGGAUGCCAGAGGCACUGCGGAGGGGCUUGAAGCGGGCCAGGGUUGAUGUUUUGGUGGUGACGGACGGGGGCGGUGUUACAGCAAAAGCGCUGAAGCUGGCAUUGAAGCAAGCGAAGGGGCCCCACCAUGUGGUGGCACAGCAACGACAUUAAAUUACAUUACGCCGGACCAAGUCCUGGCGUGUGUUAAGGAGGCAUGGCGUGAGGGAUGUCUGAUGUUUUCCCCUUCCACAGCAACGACAAUGGGAUGGGAUGGCGGAUGGGUAGCCGGCUGGUGGACCCGGAAGGAAGCAUGCAUGCCGCAUGCGGCGGUGCCGUUGCGGCGGUGGCGGUGGUGGGGCGUCAAAGAUACCGGUAUACCAGAACCACAGCAAUGGGUGGUGGUGGUGGUGGUGGUGGG